GAAAUAAAUACUCUUCUCUCUCCCUGUGUCAUCAUGUUCUUCGCCUGAAUUCCCUCAUUUCCCACUCCCCCAAACACAACUUUCUCUCUCUCAAAUUCCAAUGCCCUAAUAAAAAAAAAAAAACCAAAAAUGAAGAGUUUAAUAAAAUCUUAAGUAUUACACUCAACACAUAUUCUAAUGGCAACAGCCACCACAACUACAACCACCACUUCAACUUCCACUACAACCACCAAACCAAAACGCCGUCGUUUCCGCGAAAUCACAAUUUCAUCCUCUGCUUCCCCUGAACUCGUUCUCAACUCACUGAGUCCAACUCAGUACCACCACCUCCUCACUCUCUCUCCUCAAAUGUCCGACUACAACUCCCCACAACAUCAUCAUCUUCAACAACAACAACAACACAUGAUGACGUACCCUUCAAGUUUCACCAAGUUCAACUCUGCACUCACUGCGGGCCUACUCAACCCGAUGUCUCCUCCCCCUCAAACCCGAUCAAGCCCGACUCUCUUCGAGAUGAUGGCUAGUGAGCCCGACAUUCAGCCCGUAUCCAGAUCCACUCAAAACGGCGUCGUUUCUUCCUCUAUUAAGUCUUCUUCUCCACCUCCAUUGUUGGAUAGACAAGGGAUGUUGCAACUUAGGAUUAAUGAGAUUUUGGCCAAUACAAGUCCUGGGAAUCAGUUUAACGAUCUGGGUUCGAGUGAUAUUAGGUUAACUUUGAGUUCUAAAGAUGGGUUUUCUGUUGAUUUGUGUGUUCAUCGUCACAUUCUUGUGGGUCAUAGUAGGUUUUUUGCUGGCAAAUUUGGGUUCAAGAAUCAUAGAGGUAGUAAUGGUAAUGGUAAUGGGGUUGAAACGACGCCGUUUUCUGUUGAGAUAUCUGAUUGUGAUGAUGUUGAGGUUUAUAUUGAGACUUUGAGGUUGAUGUAUUGUAAAGAUUUGAGGAGGAAACUUAUGCGUGAAGAUGUUCUUAAAGUUCUUGGCAUUCUCAAGGUUUCAGCUGCAAUUGGAUUUGAUGCUGGGGUAUUGUCUUGUUUGGAGUAUUUGGAAGCUGCACCAUGGGCCGAGGACGAAGAAGAGAAGGUAGCCUCACUACUAUCUGAGCUACAUCUUGAAGGCAUAGGUGCUAGUGAAGUUCUUAAGAGAGUUUCCCUCGAUGCAACAGCUCCUGUAGAAGACAACAUUAGUGACAAUGAAGAAGUGCUUUUGAAGCUCUUAAAUGUAGUUCUCGAUGGUAAAGACGAGAAGGCAAGGCGAGAGAUGAAAGGAUUAGUCUCUAAAAUGCUCCAUGAGAAUGCAAAUCAUAAUGAUUUAAGAAAAGAGUCUUUGUAUUCUGCUUGUGACGGAUGUUUGCAGCGACUCCGCCACCAUUUCUUACAAGCUGCAGCAUCAGACCUCCAAGAUGUGAGUCAGAUAGCAAGACAGGCAGAUAACUUACACUGGAUCUUAGAUAUCCUGAUUGACAGGCAGAUUGCUGAGGACUUCUUGAAGACAUGGGCUUCACAAUCAGAAAUGUCAAAAGCACAUUCUAAGGUUCCGCCAGUCCAUAGGUUUGAGAUCAGCAGGGUAACAGCAAGGUUAUUUGUGGGCAUCGGAAAGGGACAACUAUUGGCAUCAAAGGAUGUGAGGUGCUUGCUAUUACAAACAUGGUUAGUGCCCUUCUAUGAUGAUUUUGGGUGGAUGAGGAGGGCAUCAAAGGGACUUGACAGACAUUUGAUUGAAGACGGCCUUAGUAACACCAUCUUGACUUUGCCUUUGUCAUGGCAGCAAGAAAUCCUUCUUGCUUGGUUUGACAGGUUCUUGAACUCUGGUGAAGAUUGUCCUAACAUACAGCGGGGUUUUGAAGUUUGGUGGAGACGGGCAUUCUGGAAACGGAAUAGUCAAUAUCAGCCUGAGCGUCCGCAUGUCCGUGUUGCAAAUGGGAAUGCUGAAAAUAAAUAGACAGUAGCUUUCCAAAAAUGCAGCAAGUAACAAAGAACUGAGUUGUUGUGAAUAGCCGUUGUUCCAGCUGCAACACUAGUUUGUACUUGCUCUGUUGCUCAUUCCUUGUUGCAUGUGAGAUCGAGGUUCAGUGUUGAAGAUCUCUUCGGAUAUUAUACCCAUUAACCACGUUUGAUUUGGUUUUUCGAGUUUUUUUCCCAGCUUCAUUGCUGAAAGUUACUGCUAAUCAAAGCAAUUCUUGUUAAUAGUUGGUUAUCACUCAUCAUAUAUUGGAUGAGAUAAUAUAAUGUUGAAAGCAUGGGAUAUACAAUGAGGGUGUUGUGACUUGUUGGCGCAUGGUAUGCUUGAAGACAUGGCUAGUGUUAGUGUCAUAAUUAGCACUAUUAAGACAAUGGCACAUGCCAACUUAUGAACAUACUCAUUGUAGUCUACAUUCAUUUGUAAACCAUGUCAUUUUCAAGUACAGCCAGAGUAAUCACUCUUUUGUCAUUCA